AUGUCGACCUCCUACUCCGACCAGAUACCCAUCAGACGGAAGCCGCCAGCCCCCGUCGAGCACUCGCCGUACAACAUCCAAGCCGAAAAGCAGCCGAUCCUGCGGCCUGCGAAUCGGGACGAGGGAAGGCACGCUUAUCGGCCCGGGCCUCCUGCGCGGCCGAUCCCGAAAUACGAACCACCGGAACUAGCAGAUGACCUCCGCGAGCUGGUCCCCUUACUGCUCUACACGCUCGCAUCGCUCGCGACGAGACUGUACAAGAUAGGCCAGACGAACACGGUGGUAUGGGACGAGGCGCAUUUCGGCAAGUUCGGGGCGUACUACCUGAACCAGACCUUCUACUUCGAUGUCCAUCCGCCCCUGGCCAAGAUGAUGGUCGGGCUGGCCGGCGUGCUCAGCGGCUUCGACGGCACCUACGACUUCCCCUCCGGCCAGGUCUAUCCCAAACACGUCCCCUUCACCUCCAUGCGAAUCCUCCUCGCUCUCCCCGGCGUCGCCCUCGUCCCUAUCGCUUGGGCUACCGCCCUCGAACUCGGCUUCUCCGAAUACUCUAGACAUAUCGUCACCAUGAUGGUGCUCACUGAUAUCGCAUUCACCGCUAUCUCACGAUUCAUCCUCCUGGAUUCGACCCUGCUAUUUUUCACCUUCACGACGGUUUACUGCUUGGCAUGCUUCCACAACCAAAGAAGAUAUCCGUUUGAUUUUGAAUGGUGGUUUUGGCUAGCAAUGACCGGCCUCUCGAUCGGCUGUGUGGCGAGUGUGAAAUGGAUCGGGUUGUUUGUCACGGCACUGGUCGGGGCCCACACGGCGGACGAGCUUUGGGAGAAAUUCGGAGACCUCAGAAUGCCACUUAGGACGUAUCUCAAACAUUGGGCUGCCAGAAUAAUCUGCUUGAUAGUCUUGCCAGUCUUAGUCUACAUGUCCUGCUUCAAGAUCCACUUUAUGGUCUUGAAUCGGUCUGGUCCCGGAGACGCUCAGAUGAGCUCUUUGUUCCAAGCCAACUUGGUCGGAAAUAAUUUUGCUCGCAGCCCUCUUGAAAUCGCUAUUGGUUCACGAGUGACGAUCAAAAAUAUGGGCUAUGGGGGUGGGCUUUUACAUUCCCAUGUUCAGAGCUAUCCGACAGGCUCACAGCAACAACAAGUGACAUGUUACCAUUACCGUGAUGCGAAUAACGACUGGACGGUGACGCCUCUUUUGCACGAGCCGGCCUACAACGAGUCUCAACCAAUCAGGUUCGUGAAACACGGGAGCGUGGUCCGAUUAGUCCACGUGCUGACGGGCAGGAACCUGCACACACACACGAUCCCGGCACCGAUCACGACGCUAAACCACGAGGUGGCUGGCUACGGUAAUGCGACGAUUGACGACAGUAACUCGUACUGGAUGAUCGAAGUCGUCGACGACAUGAUCCGUGGCAAAAGGAAGAACUUCGAGAACAUCAACAUCCUCUCCACUCGCUUCCGCAUCCGCAAUCUCAACCUCGGCUGUUAUUUGAGGGCCGCUAACGCCGUCCUGCCUCAAUGGGGAUUCAAACAGGUCGAGGUAUCUUGCGAUAAACAGAACGAUCCAAGUGAUCACCACACUUAUUGGAACAUUGAAGGACAUGUCAAUCCUCGUCUUCCUGAGGGAGACAUGAAGCUUAUGAAGUCGCCAUUCUUGAAGGAUUUCUGGCACUUGAACGUGGCGAUGAUGACGUCGAACAAUGCGCUGAUACCGGACCCGGACAAGGAGGAUGCGACGGCCUCGGCGCCACUGGAGUGGCCGUUUGUGUACACGGGGAUGCGGAUGAAUGCCUGGAUCGACACGGGGAUCAAGUUCUAUCUUAUCGGCAAUCCGCUCACCUGGUGGCUCUCCAGCUCCGGUUUGAUCAUCUACUGUGUCUCCUUGGUCUGGUAUCUCGGCAGGUACAAGAGACAGAUUAACGAUCUGUCGCCCGUCGAAUGGAGGCGGUUCAUCUUCGGCGGUAAAGUCGCGCUGGGUGGUUGGAUCUUGCAUUACGCUCCAUUUUUGUUCAUGGGAAGAGUGACCUAUCUGCACCAUUACUUCCCCGCAUUAUGGUUCUCGAUCCUGAUGUUCGGCUUGAUUGUGGACCAUUUCAUCUUUAAAGCCAAGACGAGCAAGCUCAUCCGUUUGACCAAGCCCGCCAAGCUCGCGAUCUGUAUCACUCUCUGCUUCGCCAUCCUGCUCACUGGGAUCUGGUUCAGAGAUUGCGCCUGGGGAAUCAGUGGUCCUAUCCAUCUGUAUAAGUACCGACAAUGGAGAAAAACAUGGAGUAUCUAUGAAGACCAUUCAACCAAAUGA